CGGCGCUGACACACGUUGGCCUUGCGGUCUGUCCGUAUCAGGCGGCCCUUAUCACUUUAUCACCGCGAUGUAAACAAGGGACUUUCCUUUACCCUGGCCAAUUCGGUUAUUCCGCCUGCUAACGGAAGUCUUGCUGAGCGAUAAGGUGUUCUGAAAGCCAAUCAGUAUCAGUGUCUCUGUUUGUCGUGGCCGACGUUGAAUAAGGAACAAGCCGUCGUGGUAUUCGAGGCACUAGCGAAUGGGCUCAUUCUAAAAGGAGGAAGUCACUCAUCGCGGUAAGGAGUCUCGAUGUCAUUCGGUAACCUUCGGACCGGAUAAGGGCAGUGCGGACAUGUUCUUAAAGACGCUGGUGUCGUUACCAGUCCUGGUGCUCAUCGUCGCCGGUCACAAUGACGUGCCAGAUUACAGCGAUUCCGUUCCUGAAUCGGAGUGCUUCAACAGAACGCGUGUCUUCGCGUUGAAAUCUACAGAACAGUUCUUACAGACCGGCAACAUGACAAUCGGUGAACUGGCGGUGGAUUCGACGAACAACUAUGUCAACUGCCUUAACAAAAUGGCGCCAGAAAACGCUCUUCGCCACCAGAGUUCGCUGCAGUACGAGUUACGGAACCGAGAACUGAGUCUUACAAAAUGUAAUCUAAGGACCAUAAAAGAAAUUUACGGACUGGCGGAAAUGGACGCCGACAUCCGGGAUUAUAAUAAGAAAGAGGAGAUUCUGACAGAUGAAACUGAAAGGAAAAAGGAAUUUAAGCUUCUAAAAGAUUUGACGUCGUUGUUGAAGGAGUCUGUCAGGAAACUUGAGUCGGCACUUCUCAAAGUCACUUGUGUACAUUCUAUAAUGAAAUCGUGCAAUACGUCCUCUUUCAACAGUUCUUGGAUCUGUGCGUUGCUUUCUGAAAAAGAGUGGGAGUCCCGAAUCAAGAACAAGACGGACACGCUCAAAGGUUACAACGACGAAUGCGAGGCUGUCGAGACGGAAAGGUUCUUCGGGAAAUACGUGAACCCUGUAAUUUACAGCGUCAUUCUGCUCGUCGGUUUGGUGGGCAAUGGCAGCAUCCUGCUAAUCUUUGCGUUGAACAGAAACGUCAGGACGAAGUCCAACGUCAUGAUAUUUAAUCUCGUCGUCGGCGACACGCUCAACUUGCUGAUUAAUAUUCCGGUGCACUACAUGGUACACUUUUCUUCCGUACUGGGACCCUUAACUGGCGUCUACUGCCACCUGUUCGCCAUGAUGCGCUUCGUGUUCUUCGCAGUGAGCGCUCUCUCUGUGGUUUUCCUCAGCCUACAGCGAUACUUCAUAACCGUGCACCUAUUUUGGCGACCUGGGAUAUCCCGGAAGUGCUCAGUGUUGCUGUAUGUCGUAACUGUGUGGCUGUUAGCCAUCUUCGUGUCCCUUCCGGAAGCCUUUAACGUCAGGGACAGGAAUGGGAUUUGUUCCUCGUAUAGCCAAGCCCGAAGGAAGCUCGUGUCGAUGUUGACGUUCCUACUUUACUGCGUGGUGUGUCCGUGUGCCAUGGCCGUUUUCAGCGCAGUGACCGCAAGGCGCCUACGCAACAGCGUACGAGAUGUGACGAGUCAGUCCUGCAACAGGGCCGUGGAAUUGUCCCGAACGAGGACCGCCAGCGUCCUCAGGGCCCUGAACGUCGUCUUCCUCAUCAGUUACGUGCCGGCUUACACGUGGUACAUGGUUGCUUACUGGUUCACGGAUGAACUGAACGAACUGCCCGCCAUUGUCCCUAUUUGUAUCGAUAAUGUUUCUUACCAUCUCUUGUUUCUGAACGUGUGCUUCAACCCAGUGGCGCUGUACACUGUGAGCGGAACAUUUCGGAAGCCGCUUUGUGUAUGCAUGUUACGUUUUUGCAGUAAAUGAAAAGUGGCCGGCAGAGUUCGAACCAGUGUGUCGGUGUGGGAGGUUUACAACGCGCGUACUUCACUUCGGAUUGCAAGUGGUCGGAAGGUCGAGCACAUUUCCACAGGACAGUUUUUCAACGAUGGCGGGACAGUUGUUUGAUCUUUAGGAUUUAAUUUCAUAACCCGUAGCAACAAAAGCUCACUCCUUAACAAAAAUUAUUUUACUUUGGACGCGAACUAAUGCUCCCCGCAUUAUUUAUGUCUUUAGAUUUUUCUGUUCGAACGCGCCCUCUUUGAGCGAUCGGACUGAGUAUCAUCCCUGCACUUCAUGCGUAUAUUGAAAGAAUUUAGAGAUUUUGAUUAAAAUUUACACUAAAAUUCCUACUUUUAUGACAUCAAAAAAAUGUCCAUGCGUAUUUCAUUUAAUAUGAAACAACAUAGCAGAAGUAGAUAACAUGUAUUUGAGCUUUCGGGUUUAAAGCGAUUACCAAAGAACCAUAGAGAAAUUUGGCAUGAAAUUCUGUCAUAAACACGCCUAAAAAUUGUUUAUAAUGUAUCCGUAAUUUAACAUAUAACAUAGCACGGCUACUUUAAUUUAACGGACACACAAGCCGUGUUAAAAUUCCCUCCAAGAAGAAGAUAUUAAUCCUAAUAAUAAUUAAAUUAAUUUCUAUAGUAGUUCUUGGCAACGGCCAGAGAAUAGUAAAAUAUGUACAAAGAAUUUUUGAACUCAAAACAACAAUUAAAACAUGUCAGUAAACUAAAUAGGAUCACGCAAAAUUUAAUGCUGAAUAACACUUAAACGUGAUGGACUAGCUGUCAUAUGUUUAAAUGUUUUAAAAUAGAACACAAUUUAAGAAAUAGGUCGUCUUCUCAAAAUCGGGUGUGACAUAAAAUCCCGGAUUUAUUUCUAUAUUAUUAUCUAAAAAAGUGAACAUAUUUCAAUCGACAGAGGACGUUCGAGCUUCAACCAGACUGGAGGGAUUUUACAAAUUAUAGCAUCAGUUGUCUAGUAAGGAAAAAUUAUGACAUAAAUUUGUUUCUCCUAGGAGCUUCGGUGCAUCAAAAUUAAUACAGCAACGCCACUGUUUACCGCGCGUGUAUCACACUGUAAAUAUUUGUAGCGUUUAUUAGAUCUAUGAAAUGAUAUAUUUUGAGAACAUUCGUAAUUUUAUAAUAAACGAAGAUGUAAAGAGUAUAGAUAUUUUGCUUUGUAGGCCAAGACGCUUUGAGUUUUGCGGUAGAAGAUAGUAAGAGAUUUUGUGAAAGGCUAGACCGAAAUGUAAGACGACGGAGGCAAUCUGACCUUGUGGGGAAAGAGCGGUGAAGACAAUGUUUAAUUACGUGAUUAAAUUGGUUACCGUAGGUUUAUAGUUAUUAAAUCAAUGCUGAGAUGUUUAAAUUUCGAUUUAAAAUAAAAGGAGAGCAGUAAGACUUCCACAAACCUCAGGAAGAUUGUAAGAGGUUUGUAGUUACUCACGGGCUGUGUGGGCCUUGCUGGAAUAAAGGGAAAACAGUCGCUUUCAACGAG